AAACCGUAUACGUACUACGUAGAAGAUGAGUUGAAGCAGCGUUCGCCGUACCUUUGUCCAAGCUAUCCAAACGCGAAAAUCCCAUAAAUGGAUCGGGGGUCGAAGCGGCGUCAGGUGAAGCCUUUGGCUGACUCUUUGCUGGAUGCUCUGGAUUAUGACAGCUCAGAUGACAGUGAUUUUGAAGUUGGAGAUGCUUCGGGUUCAGAAGGCACUGGCAAUGGAAGUGAUGAGGAGGGUUCAAAGGACAGCGCUGCAGGUUCUGAGAGUGACUUUGACGGUGUUGGCUCAGCCGAUGAAGAGGGCGUAGAUGAUGAAGAGGCCAAAGAAUUUAAUGAAGACACUGAAGAAGAAGAGAAACCCAAGGAUCCGUCUUUUUCAGAGGAGACCAGCAGCAAAGAAGCGGGUGGAACCUCCAAGAAUCGCAAAAAAGGAGACAAAUCAUCAGAUACAGAACCAAAUGGUACUGGCACCGCAGAGGAAGGCUCAGCAGAGCCAAAAAAAUGGAACCUACGGCGGAACCGGCCCAUGCUGGACUUCACUACAAUGGAAGAGCUAAACGAAAUGGAUGAUUAUGACAGUGAGGAUGACAAUGACUGGAGGCCCACACAAGGAAAAAAGAAAGGCAAGGCAUCAUCUGGGAAGGAGAAAGAAGGGAGUCAGGAAGAGGAGGACGGGGGUAGUGAUGAAGAGGACAAUGAGGAUGAUGAGAACGAGACCAGUAGUAGUGAUAGUGAGGAAGAAGGGAAUAAAUCAAAGAGGAAAGAAGGCAAGAGCACAGGGGCGUUUGAUGAGGAGGAGACCAAUGACAGCCACAGCACAUCCCAUGGGAAGGGCAAUGAGGACUCUCUGUUGGAACGGCCCCAGACCUGGAGCUCCCAGCGGAUGGAGCAUAUCCUUAUCUGCUGUGUGUGUCUGGGAGACAACAGCGAAGAUGCGGAUGAGAUCAUCCAGUGUGACAACUGUGGCGUGACCGUGCAUGAAGGUUGUUAUGGUGUCGAUGGUGAAAGUGACUCGAUCAUGAGCUCGGCCUCGGAGAACUCGACAGAACCGUGGUUCUGUGACGCGUGCAAGAAUGGCGUCACGCCCAGCUGCGAGCUCUGUCCCAGUCAGGACGGCAUCUUCAAAGAAACUGAUGCGGGGAGGUGGGUGCACGUGGUGUGUGCCCUUUAUGUUCCAGGGGUCGCAUUUGGAGAUAUUGACAAGCUGCGGCCUGUGACACUCACAGAGAUGAACUACUCAAAGUAUGGAGCAAAGGAGUGCAGUUUGUGCGAGGAUGCACGCUUUGCUCGCACAGGUGUUUGCAUCAGCUGUGAUGCUGGAAUGUGCCGCUCGUUCUUCCACGUUACAUGUGCUCAACGAGAAGGGCUGCUGUCUGAAGCUGCUGCAGAAGAGGACAUUGCCGAUCCAUUCUUUGCCUACUGCAAGCAGCAUGCAGACCGCUUUGACAGGAAAUGGAAAAGGAAGAAUUACCUGGCCCUGCAGUCCUACUGCAAAGUGUCUUUGCAGGAAAGGGAGAAGCAGCUCACACCUGAAUCUCAGGCUCGAAUAACCACGCGGCUUCAGCAGUACAGAGCGAAAGCAGAGCUGUCUCGAAACACUCGGCCGCAGGCGUGGGUGCCCCGAGAGAAGCUUCCCCGGCCGCUCACCUCUAGUGCUUCAGCCAUCCGUAAGCUGAUGCGUAAAGCCGAGCUCAUGGGUAUCAGCACAGACAUCUUCCCUGUGGACACAUCCGAUACCAGCGCAAGCGUGGACGGACGGCGUAAACAUAAGCAGCCUGCCCUCACGGCAGACUUCGUUAACUACUACCUAGAGCGGAACAUGAGGAUGAUUCAGAUCCAGGAUAAUAUCGUGGAGCAGAAGAACCUUAAAGACAAGCUGGAGAGUGAGCAGGAGAAACUGCACGUGGAGUACAACAAGCUGUGCGAGUCUCUGGAGGACCUGCAGAAUGUCAAUGGCCAGUUGAGGACCGAGGGCCAAGCCAUAUGGAGCAUGAUGGGGGGGAUCCUUGGACAGAAACUGAACUCUCCUGCUGUUCUGAAAGCUCCCAAAGAGAGAAAGCCGAGCAAGAAAGAGGGAGGUUCUCCAGGGAAGGCAUCAAACCUCCCAGCUAUGCUCUACAGCUGUGGGAUCUGUAAGAAAAACCAAGACCAGCAUCUUUUAUUGCUGUGUGACACCUGUAAGCUGCAUUACCACCUGGGCUGUCUGGACCCGCCUCUCACACGCAUGCCGAAGAAGACCAAAAACAGCUACUGGCAGUGCUCUGAGUGCGACCAGGCCAGCAGUGAUGAGGCUGACUUCGCCAUGGAGACGUUACCAGAUGGAACCAAAAGGUCCAGGAGGCAGAUCAAGGGGCCAAUCAAAUUUAUCCCUCAAGAAAUGAGCCCAGAGCCCAAGAAGCUUCAAGUGAGAGGGACUAGAACCAGAGGCCAGAAGAGGAAGAGAAUGUCCAUCUGCGAAGAGGAGAAGAUCGAGGAACCGUCACCGCGGGAGCGCAGACAGAGGCAGUCGACUCUGCAGAAAAAGCCCAAAGCUGAUGACACGCGGACCGAGUGCACCACUUGCAAGGGCCCUGGUGACAAUGAAAACCUAGUGAGGUUGUGAGAGCCGGGCACCACCUCCUUCCCUAGAAAAGGACAGAUGAGAGAGAGACAGGGAGAGAGAGAGAGAGAGAGGGAAAUUAACUCGUUUGAAGAGCGGCGUUGGGGUCAGGGAGGAGUCGCAGAUGGCCGCCUCCGACCGUCACCUUCGACCGUCCCUUCUGCCCAAAGCGGACCGUGCCAUGGACUUGAUCAUGGUUAAACGACGGUCCAGCGAACAUUUUCUGAAAGAACGAAAAGACUAUCAUAUGUGGACUAACAUGAAAUUGAAUCAGUUUGCACUGGGAGGGAGACAUCAACCCUCAUUGGACACUAUAAAAGGACUUUAUAUGGACAGAAUACUCAGUUAGCCAGUUUGGAGCCACAUACUCAUCCAUAGGGUUGUUAUUUGUGGAAUACACGAAGCGUGAUGCUGGUUUUGGGCCUUUUGCUCUGUGGAUAAAGCCAGAUUCCGGGCUGUUUCACCAUCUUUGUAAGGGUUUUGCUGUCAUCUGGCCCUCUUUGUGCCUCCUGGACUCUUUUUUUGCUCUCGCUUUUCCAUUGGCUCUAAAACCGUGCACCCCUCGUUCGAUCAGCUGUGUUUAUUGGGUCAGAUGUGCUUCUGAAAGCUAAUUGUGUCUUCUGUCUAGCUUCUUAUGAUGAAUGUUUUUGUUUCUUGACUCUGCUCUAUUUGGCCUGUGAUAUGUGAAUUAUAUGGUUAAAAGUGAUUUGAUGAUAGAAGUUAGAAUCAAUAGAAUAGUUUUUUAAAGCAUUUACAUUUUUUACUAGUUGUGGUAGCGUAAUAUAGCUCAAUAUGAUAAUAUGCAUACUUAAACUUAUAGUUAUUCCCUUUGUACCAUAUUACUGAUAUGGGGUGAAUCUCACAAAAACAUAUCCAUGUAUAUUUCAAAAAU